UACCAUUGAUUCUGGCGGGCGGGCUUGCCCGCGUCGCGCUUGCGAGACCUUGUCCCUUAUUUCUCACUUACUAUACCACCCCUAAAUCAUACCAUUAGUGAGUGGAGACGCUUGCGAUCGUUGGCGACAAGUAACGGCCGACCGUGACAACUACUAUUCUCCCGCCUUUUUGGCCGGUUUCAGCGUUUCCCUAACCUUAUAACCCGUCAUCAAACAAUCAAAAUUUUGAUAAAAACCAUUUUUACCAUACACUGUCAUUGUACUUCCUUGAGAAUAAAACUUUUCUAUUAAGAAAUUGCCCACAAUGGCGGGGAGAAAACCACGAGAUUAUGGGAAAGACAGGGAUCAAUUGAAGACAUUUCUUGAGGAAUUCGUAACAGUUGAUGACAAAACUGGCAACAAGUGUUUUCGAUACAGGGAACAAUUGACGAAUAUUGCGCACAGAGAGCAGAUUGCAUUGAAUAUACAAUUAGAUGAUAUACGAGAAUUUGAUGAUGAAUUGGCUGAAGCCAUUGUCAACAAUACAAAGAGAUAUGUGAACCUAGUCACUGAGCUCGUUCAGGAGAUCCUUCCCGAUUUCAAGGAGCGCCCAGUACCUCCAAAAGAUGCUCUAGAUAUUUACAUUGAGCACCGUCUCCUAAUGGAGGCCAGGAACCGUCAUCCAGGUGACCAGCGAGACCCUCGGAACCAAUACGCUCCAGAAUUGAUGCGAAGAUUCGAGGUCUAUUUCACAAAUUUUAACGAUGCAAAACACGUUUCCGUACGAGAAAUGAAGGCCAUCAACAUUGGAAAAUUGACAACUGUUCGAGGAAUUGUGACACGAUGUACAGAGGUAAAACCAAUGAUGGUAUGUGCCACAUACACUUGCGAUCAAUGUGGAGCUGAAACUUACCAACCAAUUCAAUCAUUGAGCUUUAAACCCCUCGACAUGUGUGUCAGCGAUGAUUGCAAAGUCAACAAGUCAGGGGGUAGACUCUACAUUCAGACAAAGGGCUCCAAGUUCGUUAAAUUCCAAGAGCUUAAACUACAGGAGCACAGCGACCAGGUGCCAGUCGGCCACAUUCCUAGGACCCUGACGGUCUACUGUCGAGGGGAGACAACGAGAAAUUGUCUCCCAGGUGAUCACGUAGUAGUUACGGGAAUAUUCCUUCCACUUGCUAAAACAGGAUUUAAUCCGAGUGCUAGUGGAGGUCUUCUCAGUGAGACAUUCCUCGAGGCCCAUCAGUUAAUUCCGUUGACGAAUGUGAUCAGUGUCGAUGACACCAGCCAACAGCUAACUCAGGAAGAACUCGAGGGCCUAACAGGUGAUGAUUUCUACUCAAAAUUAGCCAAUUCAAUAGCUCCUGAAAUAUACGGACUUGAGGACGUGAAAAAAGCUCUUCUACUGCUAUUAGUUGGUGGGACAGAUAAGAAAAAAGGUGAUAUAAAAAUUCGUGGCAAUUUGAAUAUUUGCUUGAUGGGAGAUCCUGGUGUGGCGAAAUCCCAAUUACUGGGAUUUAUCACUCGUCUUGCUCCACGAUCGCAGUAUACAACCGGAAGGGGAUCCUCGGGUGUAGGUUUAACAGCAUCAAUUCUGAAAGAUCCCCUGACGGGCCAAAUGAUGCUCGAGGGAGGUGCCCUAGUCUUAGCAGAUCAGGGUGUCUGUUGCAUCGACGAGUUCGACAAAAUGCAGGACUCCGACAGAACAGCUAUUCACGAGGUUAUGGAGCAGCAAACGAUAUCUAUUGCUAAAGCUGGUAUAAUGACACGUCUUAAUGCAAGAGUUUCUAUACUAGCAGCAGCCAAUCCUGCCUUUGGAAAGUACAACUCCAAACGGACAAUUGAGCAGAAUAUUCAGCUGCCAGCGGCCUUGCUCUCGAGAUUCGAUCUCCUCUGGCUCAUUCAAGACCGAGCUGAUCGUGAUAACGAUCUUCGUCUUGCUCAGCACAUCACCACUGUUCACCGCACUGGCACUCAGCCCUCGACAGAGACAACAGCUAUUGAUAUGAACCUCAUGAGGAGGUACAUUACACUCUGCAAGAACAUUGAUCCAUCCAUCAGUCCAGACGUCACCGAGUACAUCGUCGAAUCUUACGUUGACAUGCGAAGAGAAUCAAGAAACAGUCACGAUAAAACUUUUACGUCAGCGCGUAAUUUACUUGCUGUCAUUCGCCUAUCCACAGCACUUGCACGUUUGCGGUUAUCACCGACUGUUGAAAAGGAAGAUGUGGCUGAGGCUAAUCGCCUGGUUGAGAUGUCCAAGUACUCGAUCAAUUGUUCAGAUAUUCAGGUUGGCAACAAGGAGCAGAGCACGACCAAUCGUAUUUUCCAAAUAAUUCGGGAAUUGGCUGGCGAUUUAAAAACUAUCAAAGUCCCUGAUGUUCUCCAGAGGUGCACCAAUAAGGGCUUCACUCCUGAUGAAAUUGACAAAUGCAUUGAGGAAUAUGAGGAGUUCAAUGUCUGGCAGGUCAAUCAGGCACGCACCAAGGUCACCUUCCUCUGAUUUACUGGCAGCACCAGCAAUCACUGGAUGUAAUGGAGCUUAUCAUUUAUUUUAGUUUUUUCCGAGUUCCUUGUAAUUCUUUAUAAAGAUUGAAAAAAUUACAUGAAAAUAAAGAACUGUGACAUUUUUCCAUA